CCAUCGUAUCCCUUUUAAAUUCAUUACCUUUGCACACUCGCGAAAAACUUUGUUUUAUUUUUGGUAUACGAUAUUUCGGAUCUAAAGAAACAUGUUUAAAGAUAUCAGAAUACUGCUAUGGUUCUGUGUCGUACAUGUUCUGUACAUUAAGGCGUCACCUUCGUGCCAGAAGUAUGUAUGUACGCCCGAAGUGGAAAGAUUGCGUAACUAUAUAAACAUAAGAACUACGAAAGAUCAAGAUUUAAAACCAGCUGUAGAUUAUUUAAAAAGGUUAGGAGCAGCACAAGGUGUGGAAGUAACCGUGGUUGAGGCAAAGCCGAAUAAACCUAUAGUAAUAUUUAAAUGGCCGGGGAAGGAUCCUACACUAAGCAGUAUCGCCCUUCUUUCUUAUAUUGACGUCAACUUUGCUUGUUAUGAGGACGGUUGGAUAUACCCUCCUUUUUCUGGAGAAAUAAAAGAUAAUUGUGAAAUUGUAGGACGAGGGACUCAAGGCCAAAAAUGCUUAUCAUUACUACAUUAUGAGGCUCUAAGUCGAUUAAAACAAAACAAUGAAACUCUACUUCGGACUGUCUAUAUGGUAUUAACGUCCGAUCAAAUAACACCACGGAAUAACGUACAAAUGUUUUUUAAAACUAAAACAUUCCAAGAGAUGAAUGUAGGCUUUGCAUUGGGUGAGGGAGGUCCGAGCCCUAAGAGGGAAAUCUAUUUGUAUAAUGAAUUUAAAACAAAGUACGUAAUACGAGUGGAUUGCUAUGGGCAGUCAACAUCUAGUGCAUUUCUAUCUAAUGUUAACAGUACGGCUUUAGGAGUGUGUGAAAAUUUCUACAAUUAUUACAACCAAUACAGAGAAAAACAAUACAAGCUUUCACUACGAAGUAAGGAUUCCGGAGAUUACACAGUAAUCAACUUUGUAGGAGGACAGAACCUCGUAGAAUACAACGCAGUGCCAGCGCACGUAGUAGUCUACUACUCCGCCUACUUGGCUUUUGAUACCUCAGUCGAUGACUUCAUUGAAUUAGUACGUGGUUGGGUAUCGGCUGCAGGUGGAAACAUAACAUUAAGUUCAAUCGUCAAGGAAAAGGGUAUUUACUACACUAAGACUGACGCCAGUAACCCUUACUAUGUUGCAUUAAAAGAAGCUUUCAAUGAACUGGAUAUAUCUUUUCGAGUUCGGGCGUCAAUAUUGUCGGACACGACAUAUUUGGUAAACACCGGUAUACCUGCCUUCGGAUUGUUCCCAGUACUGAACACACCACUGCUGGUCAAUGCAGUCAAUGAACGGUUAUCAUUACGCAGUUACUUGGAAGGAAUACGGAUCUUGGAAGUUGUGAUCUCGCGUCUGGCUAACAUAGCCGACAACAAAGUUGGCGAUAAUCCGCGGAAGUACUUAAUUUUAUCGAAAUCUAAUAAGUAAUUAGAUUUGACGUUUCGAAUGUUAAAUAAUUAAUAUCGAUGCUAUGUAAUUAUUCAACUUUAUUCAAUAAAACAA